UUCCAUGAUGGCUGAAGAUCCUGGCGGAACAUUUUUCAAUUUCUUUAUCUUUUUUCUCUUUUUCUCUUUGCUCCCGCUUGCCAUAGAGACAUGGCAGGACCAGCUGCCCCAUUAAAGGUUCACGAAUCAUUGGUGUCGACAUGCCCAAGAAAGGGAACCGAAAACGGCUGAAAUUUCGUCCCGGGGACGUUUGUUUGGAAUCAGUGACUGUUGCUGAUUAUGCUAAUGCUGAUCCAGCCAUUGUGAAGUCAGGGAGGGUGAAAAAGGCUGUUGUUAAUGCAGUUGAAAAAGAAGUUAAAUUACUGUGCAGUCUGGAAGCCUCUCAGGGUGCUGUACAAGAAGUUCUCUCGUCUGCACGGAGUGUCAAUGGAGAGGAUUUGGGCAGCAGUGAUGAACUUCACCUCGAUGAAAAUGGAGAAAAUGAAACUAAACUCACACGCAAAAAGAAAAACAAGAGGAGAAAAGAAAGCAGUGAGAGCAGUGAUGGAGAAGAAUAUCCAGUGGACAUUUGGUUAGUUUUGUCGUCCUAUAUCCGGCCAGAAGACGUGUGUCGAUUUGCACUUAUUUGUAAGAACGCCUGGAUGGUCACCUGCACAGCAGUUUUUUGGACAAGGCUCUACAGAAAGCACUACAAGAUUGAUGUUGAUCUGCCGUUUCGUCUCCAGCCUGACUCUGUUGACAGGAUGCACUGCCUACGGGCCCGUGUGAUUCGCUCUUUAUUCCAUUUGUAUGAGCCAUUUUCUUCAAGAGUCUCAAGAAUUCCUGCCCUGCCAGAAGCCACACCUACAACCCUGCUUAAUUCCAAGUGUUUACUUUUUGGCAUCAAAAAGGUCUCAGGAACCCGAUCAGAGACCUUGUGGGAAUUCAACUUUAAGUUUAUGAAGCAGCAAGGACACUGGAAGAAUGGUGGUACAAAGUCCUUGCUCAUGCCCAGGCAGUACAAAGAGGUCCACAUGAACCCAGACUCGGACUGCUACGUGCUUCAGGUCACGACCCUCAACUUCAUCUUCAUCCCUGUGGUCAUGGGCAUGACCCUCACAUUGUUCACAAUCAAUGUCAGCACAGACAUGCGUCACCACCGCGUCCGUCUGGUGUUCCAGGACUCACCACUCCAGCGUGGGAAAUGGAGAGGGGAUCAGGGUGGGACCCAGGUGGUGCUCGAUCCUGUACAUAGUGUGAGGCUCAUGGACUGGUGGCAUCCACAAUACCCAUCUUCACCUUACACAUGAGAGCUUUCUUCUCUUCGAUUUUUGCUACAGCAGAAUAUUUCACAAAGAAUCCUGCUGUUUUGCCAUCCGAUUUACCAAUAACAAAUGAUAGUGGAUAGAUAGUCAUGAGACGAGACUUUGAACAUUCAGUUACUUUAAAAAAUUCCAGCUGAUUAUUCUUAGAGAACCAAACACAGAGCAACUACAGUAGGAUCAAAGUUAAGGAAAGUAAAAACAAUCAAAAAAAAAAAAAAUUAGAGGUUGGAGAAAGAUCUUUAAGUAU